AUGUAUAACGGAAUAGCUGUUGGAAUUGAUUUGGGAAUGUCAUAUUCUUGUGUCGGAAUUUGGCAGAAUGAAAGAUUUGAAAUUAUUCCCAAUGACCAGGGUAAUCAUAUGACACCAUCAUAUGUCACAUUCACUAAAACAGAACGUCUAAUCGGUGAUGCUGCCAAAAAUCAAGUUAACAUGAACUCUUACAAUACUGUAUAUAGCACUAAACGUCUCAUUGGAUGUAAGUUUAAUGAUCAGGAAGUUCAAUCUGAUAUGAAGCACUGGCUAUUUAAAGUUAUUGAUAAGAAUGGAAGGCCAUAUAUUCAA